AUGAGCAGUAAACCAUUUUUCAACACACUAGACAGAUCGCAGAUCGAUUUCAUUGCAACUGAGCAGGAAUCGAUUCCGGAAAGCGAGCUAGGAAUAUCGGCACAAUCAAGAGCAAGUGGAGACCAUUAUGCUUCGUUCCGGGACUCGUUGGUGCCUUCAGAGACGUCACAAAGCAUUUUCAGCGAUGGGAUAGCCCGGACCACGACAUCGCUAAAUAGCAUAGACAAUAUGGACCGGCUUUCGAGCGUUUCCAGUGGAUCGUCGCGUGGCACAGGUAUGAGCCAUGGCGUCCGCUACAAAAUCGUACUAAAGCUUACACCACGCGAAGUUAACCUGCUGCGCAGCUCGUGGGCGGUGAUGCUCAACGACGAUAUUCCUGAAGAUAAAUUUCGGUCAACAAUCCGCCGUCUGUGGCACGAUUUGGCACCGCAUGGCUGGGGCGGUGGCGGUGGUAUCACCAGCAACAACAGUAGUACCAGUAGUUUCCGUGCCCACCGCCAAAGCGUUUCCACCAACUCGAGUCGCAUUCCACCACGUGCUUUUGGUAGCGUUGGCAGCGCUGGCGCGGCCACUCACGGUAUGAAGGGCCAAAUGCAUCGUGGUAGUACGAGUUCUGCCUUCACAAAUGCUUCGGGAGCCGCAGCCCCAUCGUUUUCAUCUUUCUCGCAUGUCUCUGCAUCAUCUGCUGGCCCUACAAGCGGCCCUCAUUUCGCCACAGAAACCGUUGGUAGCGCUACGUUCGCUAGCUCCAUUUUCUGCAGUCAAUUUUACGGGAACCUUUUGUAUAUGGAGCCGUCCAUUGAGAAGAUGUUCCCAUCGAUCCGCCACCAAGCUGUCGCCUUUGCAGGUGUCUUGACGAUGGCCGUCAACAACCUAGACGAUUUAUCAACGCUUGAGGCGUAUUUGAGUGGUCUGGGGAAACGCCAUUCAAGAAUUCUUGGCAUUGAGCCUUUCCAUUUCGAGCUCAUGGGCAUGGCAUUUCUCAAGACCGUCAAGGAGCGUUUCGGACACCAGAGCACGCUCGAGCUCGAGGAAACAUGGUCCAGGCUCUACAGUUUCUUGGCAAACAGCAUACUGCAGUUUGGUAUUGACCCAGUGCUAAAGAUUGACGCAUUGAACAACGAAAUAAUAUUCCCAGUUCCAGACCUGGUCAAGGGCUUGCCCAACACCAAGAGUCCUCUCUGGCCACCUGCAACUACAACUACAACUUCAAAUCCAAAUCCAAAUCCAAAUUCAAAGCCGACCAUCAACCCAGAUUUGGCAGCUACGGCACAGGUUUCGAGGAGUAAGGCCAUUAAAAAGAUGCCAACCUCGAAGACGCGGGAAAGCGUCCAGAAAAGGCUUCCUUACACCAACACUAAGGCGCACAGCUCUGAUAAAGAAUGUGUGAUAAUGUGA